CAUUAAUUAAUGUGUUUCAUUAACCCUUAAUAUUAAUGUUAAUGUUUUUCAUUAAUCAUUAAUCAUUAAUAUUAAUGGUUAAUGCUUUUCUUUAAAAACUUAAUUCAUUAAUAUUAAUGAUUAAUGAAAACAUUAGCAUUAAUAUUAAUGACUUAAUAUUAAUGAAUUAAUGUUUAAUGAGAACAUGGAUUCCUUAGUAUUAAGUCAUUAAUAUUGGCGAAUCAUGUCUAAUGGGAACAUUAAUUCAUUAAUAUUAAGUAAUUAUUCGCGAUUAAGGCCCCCCCCUCAGAAGCGAGGGUGUGGGUAUGGGUGUGGGUAUGGGUGUGGGUGUGGGGUGUGGGUGUGGGUGUGGGUGGGUAUGGGUGUGGGUAGAUAAGACUAAAGAACCGACCACCACACCCACACCCACACCCACCCACACCCACACCCACACCCACGCCCACACCCACACCCACACUCACACCCACAUCCACACACCCACACCCACCCACCCACACCCACACCCACACCCAAAUGAUUCAAAUAUAAUAAAUUUUGGUUUAAUACUUGAUCAAGUUAAAGUAUUAUUAUCAUUAAUAAUUAUUUCAAGUUGGUUAUAUUCAUAUUAUUUAGGAUAUAAUCUAUCAUCAUUAUUAAUAUUUCAUUUAUUAAAUCGAAUAACAUUAUUUGAAGAUUUUAAUUUAUGUAUUAAUCAUUUAAUAUUAUCAAGAAAUAUUUAUUCUAUUAAUAAACGAAUAGAAAUAAUUGAAUAUUCAAUCAAACAAAUUAAUACAAAAGAAGAUGAACAAUGGAAAAUAUUAGAAGAAUAUUUAAAUAAAUAUUUAUUACGUUUUAAAAUUUUACAAAAAUUUUUACCAGAUUAUACAUAA